UAUGUUUAUUGUUUUUGCAGCAGCAUUUUAAUUGUCUACCAGAAUCACUUAAGAUUUUAAAAUGCCAAUAUUAAAUUCAGAUCAAAUUAAUCCCUGGUUUUUGGAUGGUUAAAAUCACAAUGAAGCUUUCGUUGAUUGGGAAGGGAAUCGAGUGAGAUAAUUUCACACUUUUAACGAUAGUAACAAUUUUUUCUUAUUUUUUAUAGAUCCAUUUCCAAUCAAUAUUACACUGAGAAUUUCAACAUAAUCUGAAUUUUAUCCUUUUAUUUAAGAAAGUUUACAACAACGAUUUCCAGAAGUUGAUGAAAUCACAUAUACUCUAUUACCAAAAUAAUCGUAUUAAUUAGCAAUCGAAUAUAAUUGCUCUCAACAUAAUGAGGGAAUCUAAUAAAUUGAUUUAAUUUUUAUGGAAUAAACAUUUAAGAAUAAUCCUUAAAAUUUAGAUGAGUUAAAUUAAAUUAGUAUUAGGUAUUAUAAGUUUUGCUAAAAUCCUCAUACAGCCAUCAUUGAUUUGAAAAAUCUUAUGGCACUUGUAUUAAUAUACAUAACUACAACUUGUAGUUCACUAUUCUGUAUUAGAAGAGUAUUUAUUUAAUUUGAAUUCACUCCUACUAAGUAACUAAUAACUCUUAUUUUGGCUCCUGCUAUUGGAUCAUUUUUAUUUUAUCCAGAAACAACAUCAUUUAUUCUAGCUUUGAUAGUGCUAUACGAUUUCAUUUAUUAUGCUUCAAAAUCAUAAACUGUUAGUAUAAUAGUAUCCUUCAUAAUCUUUUAUGUUUAAUACUAUAUAUUUAAGUCUGCUCAAACAGAAUCAGUUAAUCUACAUCCUUUAUUUAAUCAAAUACUUCCUUAUAUUUUAACCAUUAUUUUGCUUAUAUAAGUCAAUCGAGUAACUAUAACAUUAAAUUUAGCGUAUAAUUAUCGCCAAUAAAUUCUAGCUAUUUUUAUUUUUUUGUAUUAUUUGGCUUACUGAAAUUUAUUCUUUAGUUCAUCGAACUCAAGUAGAUAAACAUUUAUUAAUUCAACACCCCUAAGAGAUGCCUACUUAUAUUAAAACGAAGUUUUCAUUUUUAAUUGUAAAUAAUGAUAGUGUAUGGUAAUAAAAGUAAUAUUUUUCUGAGAUUAACUAGAAACAUUGAUAUCCAUUUAUAUUAAUUAAUUGGAUUAUCAUUAAUACAAUCUUUCAUCUUUCGACAUGGAUUAUUCAAUAAAGAGCACAUUAUAAAUAUUGUCGUUGUUGGCAUUACCUAAUUUACUGGAUUGAUAAUAUUUGAUCUUCUUUAUCGUUAUAAGCACAAUCCUCCAUUCUUAACACUAAUUACUGGAUUCAUUUUGUUAGGAAUGGUGUUAAAUUAUUUAAGAACAGGUUCAGGAUUGAGAAAUCCUUAUCUUGAAUUUGAAUCAAUUGAAGAGAAGAUCAAGAUUUGA